GAAACAAGUUUACGUUUUAUAAUGGCGCUAGCUUAAACUUAUCCAAAAGUUGUUUUGUCAUUCAAAAAAUUAAUUAAUUGAAAAAUGUCAAGUAAUCCAGAAAAAUCCUUUGGUUUUGAGUUACUUUUUAAUAUUUCUGGUGUACAAAUAACGAAAAAGGAAGAUGUAUUAAUUUUAUUUGUGCAUUGGUAUUUUAUUAAAAAUAAAUUCAAGUGUCUUGGAAUAGGAGAUUCUAAAAUAAUUGAACCUACAGAAACAGGGUCUGAACUACUACCUAAUGGAUGGAAUCAAUCAUUAAAUUACUCAUUACGAUAUGUUAAAGAGGGUAAACUUUAUAUUCUAAUAGGAGUAAAAUCUGAAACAGAUUUAAUGAUAAAUUUAUUGAGAAUCGAAGAUCACAGUGUAUCAAAUGCACAAUUUUCUAUUGACAAUGUUAAACAACUUCAAGGACCUCUAGAAAUAAUGAUACCAAAUUAUGAAGGUCUGUUGAAUAUAUUAAAACAGGAUCUUAUUAAGCCACUUAAUUCGCAAACUCAAUGUGAAGUAUCAACGCAAACUUCACAAUCUGGAACUGAGAGAUCAGGAAGAGAUGAUGACCCAUUGAGGGUAGAAUCACAGCAUAGACCAGCUGGUUCUAAUAUACCAGGACUCCGGCGGAAUGAUCCAUCUAGGAUUGGGAAAGAUGAUUUAGAUCCCUUUGGAGUAAGCGGAGGUGGAAUGUUAUUUGAUCCUUUUGCUAAUCGUGGACUAAGGCUUCCUCAUCCCGGACUUGGAAUACCUGGCAGAUUACCACAGGGUUCUGUCCCAAGUGGUUCAAGAUUUGAUCCAUUUGGCCCUCCAGAUAUUGAAAAUCCAAAUCCUAGAGCAAGAUUACCUGACGCCGAUCAUUUGUUUCCACCUGGUUUUGAUGAUAUGUUUAUGUGAGGAGGUUAAAUAAAAGGAAAUAAAAAUAAGUUAUUUAAUAUUUAA